GAUCAUAGAAACAAUCAGGGAUAAUUUCUGAAGCCUUUCAUAACAAGUCGAUUAUCGGUUUUUUUUUCGAAGCAUUGUGGUUUUAAGGUUUUAGUGUUGGCUUUGUUGGGAGCCGAAAUUUUGUGCUGUAGCAGACGAUGCUGUCAAGAUGAUAAUGGUGACAGGGAGCUUGGCAAAUCAGCGUUGCUCUUUUUAUGUCUUACUUUUAUCCAUUGCUUUUUUUAUUCAUAACUCCGGGGCAACAAAGAACUCAUUAAAUCAACAGUCUUCUCGUUGUGGUUUACAUGCAACUAUUGUUCGUCAAGUUGAACGUGAAGGAUUUCACAGAGAUCUUGGAUCUCUCGUGGAGCUUGUAGCACAAAAUCCGUUGGAAUGGCAAAACUGCACAGUAGCUCUUCAAGAAACAAUACCAAGUGGACUGUAUGUGAAUCAAGACCAGCUUUUGGACUUAGAACGUCAAGGCAUAUUAACAGCUUGCCCAGAAACAUUUGUUGAUGUGGAAGCUGCUCAGUGGCAGUCUGAAUCAUUCAAUGUUUUGGUGUAUUCCUCACUGCAAACUGCUCUCAACCUCUUGUAUGCCCACAUUCGCAUGCCUAUCCAUCUUAGAUAUCAUGCCCCCACUGAAACUGGAGGGUAUGCUGGAGUGUAUAUUCCACCACCAAAACUAUUUAUACGAUGCAGUAAUGAAAUUACUUGUGGAAAUAAGGAUAGCUAUUUUUCUGCACCAUGUGAUGGCUGUACUGGUUCAUCCUGCUCAUGGUUGCCGCUACAAUUCAACACUAACACCCCUCAACAAGGCUUAAGAGUUAUGGUUCCAGUAGGAAACAAGUCUCUCCUUCCUGUUGUAAAUGCUGUUACAUUCCUAGUAACUGGUGGAGGUUGUCUUUAUAUUUUAUCUAUUCUUGUAAGCACUUGGAAAUAAUGUUAUGCUGAUAAACAUAAUCCUUGAGCUGAUCUCAUAGCCCAAGGAGAACAGAAUUGUCACUAAAAGGUCACCGUGAGUUGCAGAUUUUAGUCACAUGAGGUCACAUGUGACCCGAAAUAAGCUCAUGAUGAGCUUUUCGUGACAAUUCUGUGCUCCUUCGGAGCAAGGUUGAAAAGGUAUGUUCAAAUCUGCUCAAUGUGUUUGUAUUGCUUUGUAGACUGAUUUAUUAAAUGUUGAAUCAUGGGAAAUGAGAUGGGUAGCAUAGCCUUUCAUUUACGACUGACUUAAUCUGCUUUUGCAGGAAAAUUAUAGUUGAUAGAAGAAAACUAAACAAAAUCUUCAUCAAUUACAGUUCAUUAUAUAAAUGGUGUUUGUUUAAGUCUCUCAAUCUAUGCUGUCCUCUCUUUGCAUUUGUUGUAUGCAUUUCUCAUCUAACAGGACUCAAAAAGUGACAUUUAAUAUUGUAAAUUUUAGUCCAGCUGUAGGUUGUAGCAUUUUGAUUUAAAUGUGUAUCACACAACUCAUCUUCAUCUUCAUGAAGAGGGAAUUCAACAUGACAUGCCUGUAUUUUUGGAUCGUUUUAACUAAAUUUGGGUCUAAAGUCGGUCACUUACAGUGAUUAUUUAAAACUGCAACAGUAAUUGAAAUGUUAAAUGUGUACCUCAGAUGUUGUUCAUUAGUUUUAAAAAAUUUCUUUUUAUAACAUUGUAAUUUAACAACCCAAAAUGUGUUUUGUAUAUGUGGUCGAGUUGGCCCCCUAAACCAUACAUUCCAGUUAAAUUUGUAACAAGCUGUACAGUUAAACGAAACCUCAGAUAAUUUUAUGACGUAUAGUUUUCUCAAAUGAUCACAGUGAUACUGUUUAUUUUAGUAGAUUUUUGAGAAUGUAUUUAUGAUUAUGAUAUCUAUGACUUGAAAGCUGCCCUGUGCCAUUUCCAAUUUUGUAGUUUAAUUGUGGUCUAAGAGAAAUUGAAGGUCACACUGUCAAAUAUAUUUAAGUUCCUAGAGUGAUAUGCUGGGAUGCAACAUAAAUUUCAAACAAAAAUCUGAUCAGAAGUAAUACCUCGUAUGCACUUCUUUGGCAAUAAAAAUGCAUCCUGUCUUACUUUAAAAAUUUGUUUUUGUUGUAAAUAAAAUGUUGGUUCGAUACACUCGGUUUCA